CUGAGGGAAGAAUUCUUGGUGUUGUGUUGUGUUUCUUGGUCUCUCUGUCUUUUUACCACAUAAUUGUUGGUGUAUUUUGUUGUCCGACACUCUCUGAGGAAACCAACAAACAUCAGAAUGCCGUCUGCAGCCCCAGCAGCAGCAGCAGCAGGAGCUGAAAAUGGUGCUCCGGUGCCGAAAACAGAACUGCAAGAGUUGCAACUCAAGGCGCAACAGUGUACAGAUGAGUCCCUGGAGAGUACACGUCGCAUGUUGGCGCUGUGCGAGGAGAGCAAGGAAGCCGGGAUUCGUACCCUGGUAGCCCUUGACGAUCAGGGAGAGCAAUUGGACAGAAUUGAGGAGGGAAUGGAUCAAAUUAACGCCGACAUGCGAGAGGCUGAGAAGAACUUGAGUGGAAUGGAAAAAUGCUGUGGAUUGUGUGUACUUCCAUGCAAUAAGAGUGCAUCAUUUAAGGAGGACGACGGAACCUGGAAGGGUAAUGAUGAUGGAAAGGUGGUGAAUAAUCAGCCACAGAGAGUUAUGGAUGACCGCAACGGUUUGGGUCCGCAGGCAGGAUACAUCGGAAGGAUCACAAAUGAUGCUCGAGAGGAUGAAAUGGAGGAGAACAUGGGACAAGUUAACACAAUGAUCGGCAACUUGAGGAACAUGGCGCUGGACAUGGGAUCCGAGCUCGAGAACCAGAACCGGCAGAUUGAUAGGAUCAACCGCAAGGGUGAAUCUAACGAGACGAGGAUAGCCGUUGCAAAUCAACGUGCUCACCAGCUACUCAAGUAAAGUGUUUGAAGAGGGAUGCACCACGUCAAUCAGCUCAUUUAAAAUAUAUGCAAUUUUGUGUUACAGUUAAGGAUUCACGUACGAUAAAAUCCAUAUGAAUGUGGAUUCUUUAUCUGAUGGAGAGCUAAAAUGGAUAAGAUGGGAUUUUAUUUAUUUCGAAAUCUCACACACACACACUACACAUGCAAAGUCACACAGUGGAUAAUCCUCUCCCAUUUUAAUUGCGGGCGAGAUAAAGAUGAACGAGCGUGUGAUUGCGAAAUGGCUAAAGAUGUUUUAUCAACACUAUCAAUUAGAAGAGACAAACACAAUGAGAUGAAGAUGAAUACCGAAAAAAAGUGAAAUGGUUUGCAUCAAUAUAUUGUUCUUUUUUCUGUAGACUCUCUUACCUCUCUUUUUUUGGUUAUCCUUAACCUCUAUUUUUACAUCUUUUUUAUUUUAUCUAUUCGUUUCUUCUGUCCCGAGAUGAAGAAGGCGAAGCGAACACUGUAAGAUUAGAUGAAGCUAGCAAGAGAGCUGGACAACUUUUGAGAAAUUGAUUUCUAACGGAUAUGAUUUGACGAUGAGUACAUAUUUUCCAUUUAUUUCCUUCGUUGUUCCUUUCAAGACUAUCAAGAACGCGCUCUUUCCAAAACACGAAACAUAUUUCUUUUUCUUAUGGUAUUUUUUUUGAGUUCGAGAGUGAGUUGGAAGAUGUGAAAAAUACUCUUUCAUCAAUAUUUUGUUUGCUCCAUUGAAGCAUGAAAUAUAAACUUGAGUGUUUCAGUGCAGAUUAGAGGAUAAGUUUAUGGGAUUUGCAUUGAGCACUGAAUCCAUCCAAUUCGACAAGUUAAAUGGUUUUUUUUUCGGGUGGCGUGAGCGUCAAAUUGGGAAAUAAAAAACAGCACAAGUUGAUUAAUAGAUGACAAAAUAGCAAGUAAAUGCGGCAAUUGAGAGGAAAUUAACUUACAUUAUCAAUGAUCAGUGAUGCAAUUGAGAUACAGCAGCAAAAUAUAUACAUUAUAUUAUAUAUUUCUAUAAUCGAUAGAUUUGGAAAAGAUUCAAAAUAAGUAAAAAAAAAUAUCCAAUAUUCAAUAUAUCAAUGAAAGUAUAAUAUUUGACAAGUUUUACUAACUUAUUUUUUUGGCGUCUUUUCCGUGACAUGAUAAGAAGAAAAUUGAUAAACAACCAAAACUCCAGUUAUGGGUGCAGAAAGACACGCAACAAAUUCGACCUAUAAUAAAAUUUUCAUUGAUUGCAAAGAUGUAACAUCAAAAUAAUUACUUUUUUGUCGACAUAUAAUAAUGUAGUGUUGUUAUUCGAGAUUAUUAAAAAAAAUUAUUAUUAUUAAACACUUAAAAUGAAAAAAAUAAAUGAUAAAAUCAUAGCAAAAAAAAUCUCAAAAAAAUGUUAAUAAAAUCUUACAUUUUAGAUUGUUUAUAUAAACAUUUAAAAGAAAAUGUGAGAUGAGUAAAGGUGAGAAAAUUACAUAAAUUAUUAUAGCUAAAACAUGAGAAGGUGAAGAAGGAAAACGUUAAAUUUGCUAAUUGUUAGAAACUAUUGAAUAAUAAUGCAAUAUGAGAGGAGAAAUUACCUUAAAAACGACGGAGAAUGGCUUAAUUAUUGAGAAAACAAACAGCUGCUUUGUAAAUUGGACGAGACUCAAAAAAUCUACAUAUUGAAAGGGUGAUUUAAGGGUGUAGAAGUUAAGUGAGAAAAUAACAAGAGAUAAUAACAAUUAAAUUGUGAAAUCCAUAUCACACAAGAGUCAACUUUUGAUCAAUCCGCGAAGAGAAUAUCUUGAUUUUUUGAAGUUCCAUCGAGAAGGCAUGAAAACCUAGUGUUUUUUCCUGAUUAAAAUAGAACACAAGAAGAAAUGAUUCUUAGACUUAACGAUGAUUAUUAUAGUGGUUUACAAUGAUGAUAGAGAUGAUGAAUAACUUUUGAUGAAUAAAAAAAUGUGAAUUUUUGAUAAACCCACAGAAACACGCCUUAAGUGACAACAUUAGAAGUGAUUUUAUCACUUUAUUUACUGAUUUCCGUUAAUUUCUCUGCCCUCUCUUCAUCUUCAUUCACAACUUCUUUGCGUCUGUCGAGCGAAAGAAACAUACAUUAUCAUUUCUAUGGCUAUUAUCGUAUACUUUUCUUUAUCUGUUUCUAAAAAAAAAGACAUACAAACUGCGAAGAUGAAACGCAAAUUACACAAUUUUCUCUAUACAUAAACGCAAUAAUAUUUACAAUGAUGAUAAACGAACAUUGUAGAAAGGUUCAUUUCACGAUGUUUAGCGAGUUUUCACGUCUCGCUGAGGCGCGGAAACGCAUUUGGUUCAAUAGAAAACUCAAAACCACCUAAGGAUAAAAUGGCAAAGGGAAAA